AUGUUUGUGAACUGUCAAAGUUUUGGUGAAGAUUUUCAGUUUCCUGAACUGACUAAUGGGGCAGUAGGAGGAAGUGUAAAGUUUACACCUAAUAACUUACCAUCAGAGAUUGAUACAGUUACCUGGCAAUUUGGACAAACUUUUAUAUUGUCUGGAAACCCUGAUACAGCCUCAAUAGUCUCAGCAUAUAAAAACAGAUCCAGUUUUGACAAAAACACUCUUGCUCUGGAGCUCUGGAACCUAAAACUGGAGGAUGCUGGACCAUACAGUCUGACUGUUAUUAGUAAUGGAAAUCAACAUAGAGGAGAAACUUCACUACAGGUGUUCGAAACGAUAUAUCAUGUCACUGUUACUGGUCCACAAACUGAAGCAUUAAUCGAGGGUGAAUCAUCUGCCAACUUCACCUCUGAGGGAAGCGGAGGCACCAUCACCUCUGUGCAGUGGAUGAAAGACAACAGUCCUCUGUCUCCUAAUAGCAGAAUCAUCUUUUCUUCUGAUAACAGAUCAGUGUCAAUCAGUCCAGUGCAGAGAUCAGACACUGGAGAAUAUCUCUGUAUAUACAGUAACCCUGUCAGCUCUGCAAGUAACUCACAACCCCUGAUCAUCAAUUAUGGACCAGAUGAUGUUUCUAUUACAGGUCCAGAUGUGGUGGAUUUAGAGGUUCAAGUGUCUCUGUCUUGCUCUGCAAAGUCUGAACCUUCUGCUUCAUUCAACUGGACGUUUAAUGGGUCAGACACUGGUGUGAAUACAGACAAUUUCACCAUUGAAAAGACAGACUUCACAGACAGUGGAGAAUACAUCUGUACAGCCUAUAAUAAAGUCACAAAGAGAAAAGAUUUGAAAAUACAUCCUUUACAAGUUCAAGAGGGUGGUGAAGCGGGUUUAGGAGGAGGACUGUCAGCGGGAGCAAUAGCAGGGAUUGUCAUUGGAGUUUUAGUGGCAGUUGGAGGCAUCUGUGGUCUUAUUGUCUACUUAACAAAAACCAACAAAAUCCCAAAACUAAGUUAUCAAUCAAAAGGAAACACAAGUGGAGCUCAAAGAGGACAAGAUGCUGAGCUGAACUAUGCAGACAUAAGCCAUUUCCAGAAGAACAGUGGAGAGAGAGUGGUUCUGGGAGAUGUGAAUGAACUGAGAACAGAGUAUGCAGAAGUAAGACAUGGAUCAAAGUUGAGGGCUCCUCCACCUCCUUAUGGAAGUCAGGUAUCAAACCCUCCUCCUGUGCGCAGAGACUCACAACCUCUACUGUCACCUCAAGAGGAUGGUGCUCAUGUAUGAUUUCAUCCCUGUACCCCAUUUAUGAGCACAUAAAAUUACUGUAUUACAACCUACACAUUGAUACAACCAUUCCUGAGACCUUAUUUAUAAAAUGUUGCCUAAAAAUCCUUCAUUUGAUCUAAGAUCUCUUCUCGAAUGUGCAAAAAUGGUUUAGAUAAACACAAGUACAUUUUCAGAAACAAAGGUACGCGAGCUGUCACUGGGGUGGUACCUUUUCAAAAGAUACAAAUUUGUACCUAAAAGUCCAUAUUAAUUCCUCAAGAGUACAUAUUAGUACCUACAAAGUACAAAAGUGUUCCUCUUAAAAUGUUUAGGUACUAAUAUAUACUUUUGAGGUACCAAUAGACCCUAUACGUACAAAUGUGUACCUUUUUUAAAAGUUACCACCCCAGUGACAUGCCAGAAGAGUGAGAGUGAGUAUAUGCCAGAGGUAAAAUCCAAAUGAUCUUAAAAUUGUUAAGCAAAUGGUUUUAAUCUCAAACUUUUUUUUGUAUUAACAAGAACCAGCAUGCACAGUUUUAUCAUACAACAAAAUCACUUUACAUUGCUUAAAAAGUAUUAGAUGAGAAAAGAAGAAAUAAAAUAAAAUAAAUAAAUAAUUAAAACAGAGGAGAGGGUACAUAUACAGUAUAUCAAAGGACACAUUCCUUCAUAAAAUAUCCAUCGUUUGUUCUACAUAAACCACAAGCUUUUAAUUGUAACUUGUUUUGCACUGGACAAUGUUCAUUAUCAGAUCAUUCAGAAUGAAACUGCAACAAAUGUGUACACAGCAUGUAUGUAUUAAAUGUAUUAAAUAUCUAUUAUCUGCAUCCUGAUGUACUCUUUGUCUAAUUAUUUCUCUUAUUUUCAUCAUUUCAAAAUCAAAUGUAAUAGUUUAUUCUUAUCUUUAGACAAUUUGUUUACCGAAUAUUGUGUAAUAUUAAUAGACUAGAGAAUACAUAUACUUUACAUCAAACAGUUUCUCGGAAAUCAUCAGAUUAAUUUUCAUUCUUUCCUUCCCGCAUGGGCAAAUAAAAAAAGAUAAAGGUUGAUAGCUGGUAAUGAAAAAUAGUUUACAUUCAUGACUAAAAUCACCUUUAGACCUGAACACAUCACUCAGGGAGAAGAAAUGAGGAAGCAGCAUUCUGUUCUGGUCGUAAACAGUGUGUUUAUCUGGACAAUUUAAUGUGGAUGUCGGUUCUAUUAUCUGAUUGUUAUUUAUGAUUUAUGUAGACUUUUGUCAUAAGAAUUUAAUUUGCUCUAAAUAAAGAGUAUAUUUAUUGUUCUCUCCA